GCUUGGGAUUCAUGAGGUCCUCCAAUAUUUGUACAUCGCGGCGUUGUUCCCGAACAUCAAGGGCGGAUGCCAGAUCUGGCUCAGCCACAUGACAACCAUCCACGACGUCCAGGUCAACAGCUUACACAAGAAGAUCUCCUGGGAAAAUUUAACGAGAUUCAUUGUUGAUGAAGGCCCGACGCUCGCCAUCAACCGCCUAUUCGCCACGACUCAAAGCAACACAUCGACGCACGACUGGCUCACGGAAUGGCAAAAGAUUGUGGCAACCCCCGAUCUCGACUUGCCAUUUUCGCAUCUGCGUCGAGAGUUCAACAACCGGUCGUGUGCCGCCUUGAGCCUAGCACUCGGUGAUCGCGAGCAGUACACGACCUUCGUCGAAAUCAUCGACAAGGCGCGUGAGAUCAUCAAGACCAACCAGGCUGCUGCACACGAGAAAUCAGUGGGGCAGCCAGGCUAUGUGGAGAAGGGAAAAUUUGGUCCACGUCCGCAGCCCAUCGCUGCAGUCCAACCAGACAACAUUGUGGAAGACCCGAUAGCCACCCUAGCAUCACGUGAGGGAGAUCAGGUAGCCGCUGUCCAGCCGCGAAGCAACAACAACUUCCGUGGAAAAGGGAAGGCGGAAACCGCAUCGCGGGCCGGAAUGGACAGCCAGUACCAUGGGUCAAUACCAGCUCCGUUGAUGGACGCCGGAGUAGAGGUUGUUGACCUUCACGACUACGUUGCGAAGAUCGACCACGAGUUCAAGACACAAUGGUACAACGACAACGACACGCCAUUGUUGUACGUACGCAUUUUGAUCGGAGAGGCGACCUGCAGCGCUUUGAUCGAUUGCGGAGCUACUCAGAACUAUAUCAGCCAAGACUUUAUGAUACGUGUUGGCCUUGGGCCACGAGUAUAUCUGCCAAGACUUUAUGGCCCUCUCCCGCGCAUCGACGACCUUCUCGAACGGCUGGGCGGCUCUAAGUUCUUCUCCAAACUUGACGUCAAAUCGGGAUAUCACCAACUUGAGAUUCGGCAGGAAGAUCGCUCCAAGACCGCGUUCAAGAUGCGAUAUGGGCAUUUUGAAUGGCUGGUUAUGCCAUUUGGCCUUACGAAUGCCCCGACCACGUUCCAAGCGGCUAUGACGACAGAGUUCAGACACAUGCUGGACAUAUUUGUACUCAUCUACCUCGACGAUAUCUUGGUGUACAACCGAAGUUUGGACAAGCAUGUGGAGCACCUGUGCACCGUUUUGGACCGGCUACGACAAGCCAAGUACAAAGCCAACCGUAACAAAUGCGAGUUUAUGCGGCAAGAGCUCGAGUACUUGGGCCAUUAUAUGACGCCGCAAGGCAUCCGUCCGCUUGCGGACAAGAUCAAGGUCAUCCGCGUAUGGCCCGAGCUCACCAACACCACGGACGUGCGCUCAUUCAUGGGGUUGGCGGGCUACUAUUGACGCUUCAUCACCGGGUACUCGAGGAUUGUCGCACCAUUGACGAGAUUACAAUCGCCGAAGGUGCGAUUGGUAUUCG